AUGCCCCGUGAAUAUAUUUCUCGUUUGGUUUAUGACAGAUCACAUUUGUCAAUGGCAGUGGUUAGAAAACCACUUACAGUUGUGGGAGGUAUAACAUAUAGACCAUUUAAUAAUCGUGGAUUUGCAGAAAUUGUCUUUUGUGCCAUUUCUUCUACUGAACAAGUUCGUGGUUAUGGUGCACAUUUGAUGAAUCAUUUGAAGGAUUAUGUUAGAGCAACAUCACCAAUAAAGUAUUUUUUGACAUAUGCUGAUAACUAUGCUAUUGGUUACUUUAAGAAGCAAGGGUUUACAAAAGAGAUCUCGUUAGACAAAUCUGUAUGGAUGGGUUAUAUAAAAGAUUAUGAAGGUGGUACCUUGAUGCAGUGUUCCAUGUUGCCUAGCAUAUUGAGAUAUCUAGAUCUGGGGAAGAUUUUACUUUUGCAGAAAGCUGCAAUUGAGAGGAAAAUAAAAUCGAGAUCAAAGUCGAAUGUUGUAAGGCCUGGAUUACAAGUAUUUAAGACCAAUCAAAACGUGACUUUGGAUCCAAAAGAUAUACCUGGCUUGCUAGAGGCAGGGUGGAAUGAGGAGAUGGAUAAGUUGGCUCAAAAACCUAAACGAGGACCACAUUACAAUUUCAUGGUUACUUUAUUCAGCGAAAUGCAAAACCACCCUUCAGCUUGGCCAUUUGCUGUUCCCGUGAACAAGGAAGAAGUUCCUGACUAUUAUGAGGUAAUAAAAGAGCCAAUGGAUUUGUCAACUAUGGAGCUGAAAUUGGAGAAUGAUAAAUAUGAAUCGUUUGAUCAAUUCUUAUAUGAUGCCAGAUUAAUUUACAAGAAUUGUCGAUCCUACAACGGUGAGACAACAACCUAUUACAAGAAUGCAAAUAAAUUGGAGAAGUUUAUGAAUAAUAAGAUCAAAGAUAGUGCCGAGUAUAGCCAUUAUUUAGAUUCGUAA